AGGAAGUUGGUCAAUAUGGGGAAAACCCACAAGCUCAUUACUGCUGGUUUGGACGCGCAACCAAACCAAAGUGCUUUAAAGUUGGGUUUCUGUUUCAGAGCAACUCGGUUUAUUGGAUUAUUGGGUUGAAAAGAUUCAGUAGUGGAUCAGGAGCGGUGUAGAAGUUAGACAGUGAGGAUGAGCUCCAGUGUCACCAAGGACACAUUGGUGCGUAAACUGAGCCACGCGACUCUGCGUAAAAUCUCCGACUUUCUGGACCCGCAGGACGCGUGGAAAAGUGUCCUAGUGGAUAUACAGAAGGACAACGGGGAGCCGAGAUACACCCAGUUACACCUCAGGAGAUUUGAGAGAUUGGUGGCCCAAGGAAAAAGUCCUACAGUGGAGUUGUUGCAUGAUUGGGGUACCACAAACUGCACAGUUGGGGAACUUGUGGAGAUUCUCAUUAGACACCAGCUGUUAACACCUGCCAGACUGCUACUGCCAGAUGUAACCGCAGAACCUGUUGCCACACAUUGGAGGGCAGUUGAGGAUCCACCCACUGAAUAUCACCAGGCACAGACUCAGGUUUGUGCAGUAAAACUCGAUAACUCGACAAAGCUAACGGAAGACACGUCUCACACGUUACCUGACAGCACCACAGGACCAGAAGAGAGUCAAGAGCCUAAUGAAGAAGGUUUCUACGCCUUCACUUUUCGUGAGCUGACACGAAUCACAGGGAACUGGGAUGAGCGUCCAGCUUCGCUGGGAGGCAGCAGACUGGGCGAAGGUGGCUUUGGAAUCGUUUUUAAGGGUCUGCACAACAUCAAGCCUGUUGCAGUAAAGAAACUGAACUCAGUAGACGGUCUGUCUCCUGAGGAACUCAAGUCUCAGUUCAGUCAAGAGAUUCAAACACUAAGGAGGUUAAAACAUGUGAAUCUGGUGAAUAUGGUUGGUUAUUCCAGUGACGGCCAGUAUCCAUGUUUAGUCUAUGCUUACAUGUCUAACGGUUCGUUGUUGGAUCGACUAGCGUGUUUGGAGGAAAGCAGUCCUUUAUCCUGGCAGGUGAGGAGUGUGAUAGCGCUCGGGACAGCCAGAGGACUCGAGUACCUUCACCAACACAACCACAUACAUCGGGAUGUGAAAAGUGGGAACAUCUUGCUGGAUGAAUCCUUCGUUCCCAAGAUUUCAGAUUUCGGUUUAACGCGUGCGUCGGCUAAGCGCUCGAACACGACGGUGAUUACUGAGAAAAUCGUUGGGACGACGGCUUACAUGGCACCAGAGGCCCUGAGAGGGGAGAUCACACCAAAGUCAGACAUCUUCAGCUUUGGAGUGGUGCUGCUGGAAAUUCUGUCUGGACUUCCUCCUGUUGAUGAAAAUCGGGACCCAAAACUUCUGAUGGAGAUGAAGGACGAGAUCGAGGAUGAGGAGAUCACACUGGAUGAGUUUAUAGAUAAGAAAAUGACGGAUUGGGAUACGGAGUCUGUGGGAAGGAUGUACAACGUGGCCAGCCAGUGCCUGAGUGAAAGGAAGAACAGGAGGCCUGUGAUAAAGGAGGUUCUCGUUGAGCUGGAAGGACCCUAAACUUCGAUCACCUUCUGACCGACAUCCAGAGAGAGACGAGAUACCCGACUCGAAAAAAUCUAAAACGUUCCGUAAAUAUUCUGUAUGUCAUAACAGGGUUGUUUUUUUUUUUAUUAUUUAUUUAUUUCCUUAUUAAAGAAAAUCAAACUUAA